AUCCUUCUUAAGACAGACACCAACUGGACAAGACGUGCCGUGAUCAGCAGACGGCGCCCCCCACGUGUCUUCACAUUUGAGACCUGGGGAAAUCUGGUAGAGGCACCUCGAUGUACCAUAGAUGACCUCCGUCAGGCGCAUACACAAUUUGAAGGAUAAGGAACACAAUGAUCAAAUGAAGAUGAGGCCAUCAUUAAGAAGUUAUGUGAUGAAUUAUGAUACUCCGGGACUGCUACUACUACUACUAAAUUUAUUACUUGGGAGAGACUGUGCCUUGGCGAACAUGCAUCAUGAAAUACUUCCUUCUGAUGCAGCAACUUCUCAUGUAAUGCCAGGAUUUGAAGUUAAAGGAAACUGGAGUAAAAUUAAUCAUAGUAACCUGAGCAAUGUUGAUUAUUAUCAGGAAAAGAAGGAAAACACCAUUCAAAGUAGCAGUCUUACGGUUAAAAACUUUUUCCUGUGGACACGGAAAAAUUCUGGAAACAGUUCUCAAGAAAAUUUAGAUCCCACCGAGGACAGUACUAUAAUAAAGAGCAACUUCCAGCCUCGCCAGACAUAUAUUAUCAUCCAUGGAUUUCUUGGAUUUGGAAAUGAACCAUGGAUACUUCACGUAAAAGACAAACUUUUGAAGGUUUCGGAUUGUAAUGUGAUAUCAGUGGAUUGGCCAGCAGGAGUUUCGUGGAUGCUACUGUCAUAUUAUACUGCUGUAAGUACAGUUCCCUAUGUGGGCCAAGAUACAGCUCUCCUUCUCAAGAGCCUUGUCGCCCAUAAAGCCUUAAACCUUAAGGAUGUACAUUUCGUAGGACAUUCCUUAGGUGCUCCCUCUGGACUGGCAUCAAAACCUUUUAAAGGAAAAAUUGGACGUAUUACAGGUUUGGAUCCAGCUGGCCUUACGUUUCACCAAGUGCCUCCUCAAGAGCGUAUCGACUCUUCAGAUGCUGAAUAUGUUGAUAUCAUGCAUGCUAAUAGCUGCUACAACAAAUGGAACCCCUGGGGGGAUUGUUAUGGUCUCAAUGAAAACCUUGGCCACAGUGAUUUUUGGCCUAAUGGGGGUGAGCACCAACCUGCAUGUCAACAAGCUAAUGGUGAUUAUGGUUGUGACCAUAUGAUGGCUUAUAAAUAUUAUGCAGAAAGCUUUGACUAUGGGAUUGACAAAACGUAUUUCUUAGCAAGAAAUUGCUCAGACUGGGCAACAUAUAAAAAGGGAAACUGCUCAUGUGGGGAUGAUGCUCAAUAUAUGGGCUUCUUUGUCAACACCAGAAUGAACGGCACAUUUUAUUUGAAGACAAAUAUUACUUCGCCCUUUGCCUUGGAAGAUGCAGUGUGCUCUCCUGGCAAUGCCUUAUAUGUGGAGAUUCAAAAAAUUCUUGUGAUUCUUGGUGCAGUCUUCUCUGUUUUAGUAGUAUUGGGAAGCACUGUUGUUGUAGGGAUCACCAAAGGAAGAAAACAGCAGCAAGUGAAGAGCAGCUUGCUUACAAAUGAAGAAGGCCAUGAGGACGAAUCUCAGAUGGAAAAUGAAUCUCUGGCAAGUGAGAGAGAGGAGGGUGAUGUGUUUGAGUGUAUUACAGAUGAUGAAUUUUAUAGUGAUCACUCGGGUAAAGAAUGAGUGACAAAUGAGGAAAGACAAGGUAUGGCUGAAUAUUUCAAUACUCACUUUGCAUAAUUUUUUUUUUUUCAACAAGUCGGCCCUCUCCCACCACUAUUUAUGCACUUUUAGCUACAGUAAGAUUAAGUCACUGCUAAAUUAAGUAAAUGUGCAAUAGUGAAGUUCUUAAUAAGAGUAAUGGAAAUGUGAUGAUAUACUAUAAAGCUUUUGUUGGAGCUGGUGUCCACUGAUGAAGAAGAAUUGUUAUAAUUUAUAGAGUUCUUGUAUUGUAUAUUUAUAAAAAAAUUUAAAUACU